UAAGAAAUGCGAUAAGUAUGUCUCUAGGGCAGCAGUGUUGGGGCUGUCGAUGGCGACGUGUGCGGUGCGACUCACAGCAGCCAAGCUGCUUGAAGUGCACCAAAAAAGGGCUACCAUGCCCAGGGUACUCCACGACGAAACCACUUCGAUGGCGACACCGCGUUAUCAAACACGAAACGAAUGAUCAGACAUUGCUGGUACUUGGUUUUCAGGCUCCUGUCAAUGAUGAUGUCGCGCCUUCACAUGUGGUCCUUGAUGCAUUGACCUACUACAACGCCGUCGUUGUUCCGGAUCUCGCAGCUGAUGGCUCAUCAUCGCUCUACACCAUCGAUAUCUCCAAGUGGGCUGAGUUCAACAAGUCAAAACGGCAUCUCACAUUAUGCCUUAUCACCUUGCAUCGAGCGGUGCGUGAAUUAGGCAACGUUAACGAAAACCAAACUCUAUUCCAUUACCACCAGGCUUGUGCGGCUGAAAUUUUGAGCCACAAGAUCAAGACAUUCGGUCAAGCGGGACCAGAUCUAGAGCUGUUUGAGGACGUCAGCUUGUUCUUCUUCUCGCAGAUACAGGCAAGCGCUUAUGGAGCAUGGCGCGCUCACCUGAAUGCAGCAAAAACUUUGUUCAACCUGUGGGGCGUCGAAGCCCUGAUAGGAAGAUCCGAUUUUGAAUUCUUCCUUUGUCAUCUCGUGCUGGCUGAUGUGUAUGGGACAACGAUGGCACCGGCUUCGCACAUCUCAGCUGAAGACGUCAGUCAACACAAAGUGUAUUUGACCUUGCUUGGACGAUUCACUGUGGAUGUUUGCAGCACCAUGGUACCUAUUCCAGAGGUUGUUGUACGAGCUACUACUGCUAUCAACAUGUCGAGAGCUGCAGGAACAAUCUCGGACGCGCAUACUAUGAAAGAAGCGCAAGGCAUCACCUCAUCACCAUCCGCCAUCCUGGAGUCCCUUCAGGCCUUCGAUCCCACAGACUGGGCAUUGCAACGUCCACGUCACACGUUCAGCCAAGUUACAAGUUGGGCGCUUCUCGCUACUUGCUUCCAAGCAGCAGCAGUCCUUUACCUGGUUCAGACUUGUGGCACAAAUGUGUCCUUGAAUAAUGAAGAUCUUGUUGACGACGACUGCGCAUUGUUCUACAGCCGACUGAGCAAGGCAGUACGCGAGCUUUACGAUCUCAGGCAACACGGCGGAGUUCUCUACAAAUACAUUCUGUGGCCCAUGGUCAUCUGCGGCGUCGAAGCUAUUGUCCGAAAAGACGAGCAGCAGUUGCGGGUUUUGUGCGAGUCACUGGAACGCACAACCAUGGAUCUUGGUACACUGUCCAUGCGAGAAGCAGCCAUCUUCCUUGGAGAGCUUUGGAACAGGAACAUCAAACGGGUGGCCGAGCUUCCAAGCAAGACCAACUUGAUCUGGGAUGACAUCUUCGACUGCGCACCAUUGUUUCUAUUGUAGACAGCGAACCUGUGCCCAUCAUUUCGAGUACUUUACCCGUAUCAAGUACAGUCGCUCGGGUUAACACACUCGAAAGAGGCUGGGUGCUGCAGAGAGCGCAUAGAGAUGCCAUGCAGCAUCGAACGGAC